AUGGCGCGCGAGUCGCUGCAGUGCUUCCCGCGCUGUGCCAGCCCCAGCAGCGGCGAGGAGUCCGAGACGGAGUCCGAGCCCGGCAUCCCCCUCAAGAGGAAGCAGCGGCGCUCCAGGACCACCUUCAGCGGGGAGCAGCUGGAGGAGCUGGAGCGCGCCUUCCAGCGCACGCAGUACCCCGACGUCUACACCAGGGAGGAGCUCGCGCAGAAGACCAAGCUGACGGAGGCCCGCGUGCAAGUGUGGUUUAGCAACCGGCGGGCGCGGCUGCGCAAGCAGUUUCAAUCCAGAAUUUUUCAACAAUUUAAUGCUAUGUCAUUUUCCGGCUUGUUCCCCAGUGGUGCGUCGCCCUACUCCGCCAACCUCACGCCCCACUCGCCGUCCGAGGCCAAGUCCGGCUACCCGUACUUCGGCCAGCUCAGCUCCAUGGAGGCCGGCAUGGUGUGCGGGCGCGUCCACUGA